AUGAAUAAAAAACCUUUACUUCCUAGACAAACUAAACCCACUUCUUCAUCUCCGCCCUCAAAUUCGGGGAACACUUUACUAGAUCGUAUAAAGAGUUUAAAUUAGAGACAAUCAGACCAAGUGAAAUAAUUAACACAUACUUCAUCUUUCACAACUGAUCGUGUAAAAAAUAGAACAAGGGCCAAUUAUUCUGAAUACUUUGAUUCGAGGAAAUUGCCAUUUAAUUCAACAUUACAACCAUCUAGAUCUAGCUCUUGUAAAAAAAAGAGGCACUUUUAUGAUGAAAAAGUGGAAAGUGAUGGCAAAGUCUCCUAAUUAGAAGAUUAAAAUAUGUAAAUCAAUGAUUUCAUCGCAAAUAUUCCAUUAUGUAAAUUAAGUAAAGAUGAACAAAUAGAAAAAUUAGAAAUAGAAAAAUCAAAUCUACACAAAUUAACAUCAGGUUAUUAGAAAAAAGCCGAGGAAAGAAAAACUAUUAUGAAAUAGUUGUACAACAUUUUGAAGACUAAAGAUCAAGAAAUAGAAUACUUGAGGAAGAAUUACGACAAUUAAAUUCUAAUUUAAUAACAAAAAUUGGAAUAGUUUAAACAUGAGUGUCAUUAAUAAUUAGAUAAGGCAGACAGUCGAAUAAUAAAGCUGGAAGGAAACCUAUAAACUGCAUUAUAAUAUAAGUAGAAAAGAUUAAAUGAUUUAUUGGUUAAAGAAGAGAAAAUGAGAGAUAUUCUAUCCAAACUAAUUAAAAAGUAAGAAAGUAAAGAAAAGAUAGAUGAAGUUAAGAAUAUUUUAGCAUUUAUAGCUAGAGAAAAAUCUAGAUUUGAAACCCCAAAAAAAUAAAAUUCAUAACAUGAGUAAAUAGAUAAUAUAUAGAAUGAGCAUCAAAAAUUAGUAUCUUUACAUGAAAAUGUCAUGCUUUAAAUAGAAAAAUUAAACUAUUAAGUAUCAUAAUGUUUAUAAACAUCUUAAUAUGGUUAAAAAGAUACAAUCAAAGAGCUUUCAUAAAAUCUCAAAGAAAUGAUUAAUUAAUUUUCUUUAUCUAAAAAUACUUUAAAAGAUAAGGAUUAAAAAUUAAUUUAAUUAUAAAAUGAUUUGAUGAAAUACAAAAAACUGGUUGAAAAUAAAAAAGAUAUUGAUACUUAAAAGUAUAUCUAAGUGAUUAAUGAAUUGAAAUUGGAAUCAAGUAAUUUAGAAAAAAAAUAUUAAUAACUAGUCAUACAAGAAAAGUUUGGAGAAGAAAACAAUUAAGAGCUAUAGAAUCUCAAUGAUUAAUUGAAUGUUUAAAUAAUCAAGCAAUAAUCUUAAAUAUAAUUAUUACACAAACAGAUUGACGAUUAAAACAAAGUCAUGAUGACAAAUGAAAAAAUUAUUUAGUAAUAUUAGCAAAAGGAAAAAUAAUUGUAUGAAGAAUUAGACAAUCAAAAAGAUUAAUAGGAAGAAAUAAACAAAUUAAAAAUUUCAUUAAUCUCAUUAAACAAUCAAAAAGAUCACCUUUUAGAAAAUAUUGAAUAAUUAUAAAAUGAAAUAAUCUCAAAAAAUGAUGUAAUCAAUUAGGCUGAAAAUUAAAUUAAUUAAUAAGUUAGGUAAUUAAAUAAGGGACAAUAAGACUUAAUUAAAUAUGAAAAUUAUAAUGAAGAACUAUAACAGAGAAAUAAGAUUUUACAAGAAAGAUUGAAAAAAGCAGAAGAUAAUAACUUAUAAUAAAUAUUACAAGAUAAAUUAUAAGAUAUAAACAAUAAGUUAGAGUUGUUGAAAAAUGAAAAUGAAAGUUUAUCUCACCAAAUUUAAGUAUUAUAAGAUGAAAAAGAUAAAUAUUUUGAAUAACUAAUUCAAUUAAUCAAAUAAAAGUAAAAUAAUCUUUUAUAUAAAUCUUAAUCUCCAAAAAAUGCAAUCUCAAGAUAAAGCAGUAAAUUUGGAGAUUAAUUAUUUAUUUCUGAUGGUAACAAUAAAUAAAUAUCAAAAUUUUAAACAGAAUUAGACAAAUUUGACGAAAUUAUAUCAUAAAUUACUUCCAAACUGAUUUAAGUUGAAUAACAAAAGAAUGAUUUUAGAAAUUUAAAUUUAGAAUAAUAAAAAUAGAAUUCAUAAUAUCUAUUGUAAAUAUCUAAUUUGGAAUAAGAUAAUAAAAAGUAUUCUUAAAUGCUUUAAUAAUGGCAUUAGCAAAUGACUGGUAAUAUCUCUGUUAAUUUGGAUUAAAAUUAAGAUAUAAUUAAACUUGUUAAGUAAGAAUUAAAAAAAUUGAAAAAAUUGGAGGAAGAAUAUUAGUAGUUACGGCAGAUAAAUUCAAAUUUAACCUUAGCCUAGGAAGAACUAAAUUUGGAAAUUGAAGAAAAGAAUCAAUUAUUAGAGCAAAAUAAAUAAUAGUUGGAAAUAGAAUAAGAAUAAUUAUAAAAUGCUAUCAAAGAAAAUUUGGAACUUAAAUAAUAAAACUAAACCUAAAAGCUAUUAGAAGUGAAUAAAUAAUUGGAACUAUAAAUUGAAGGUUUAAAACAAAAAGAAAAAGAAUAACAAGCCAAAUUAGAAAGUUUGAAAACCUAAACUGAAAACUAAGAUAAAAAGUUAAUUUAGAAUCAAAAUCUCAUUUAAUAGCUAAAUGAUAAAGAGAACAGUCAUAGUUAAUUAAAUUCAUAACUUCAAAGUGAUGUAAAUGAUUAUCUAAAACAAAUUUAAGAGAAAUCACAAGAAGUUGAAAAAUUUAAGAUGGAUUUAUUAUCCUCUGAAAAUAGAGUAAGAUAGUAAGAAUUAAUCGCUAAUGAACUUAAAAAUGAGAUUAUGCUUUUAACAAAUGAAAAUAAUAAUCACAAAGCUCAAUAAUAAUAAAUAUAAGAAUUAUAAUAAAAUUUAUAAACUUAAAUCAACUUAAAUUAAGAUUAAUUAGUUUCAAUUCAAAAACUGAAAGAAGAUUUAAAUUAACUAAAUCAACAAAUAACUUACAAAAGUGAAUAGUUAGAUUCAUAGUCGAUGGAUAUCAAUUAAUAAAAAGACCUAUUAUAAUUACAAAUUAUCUCAUAAUAAAAUUAAUUGAAGCAAUUGCAACAGUAGAUAGUGGAAAAUGAAACAGUUAUUACAGAAUAAAGUAAGAAGCUGAAUGAAACUAGCUAAGAUUUAGAAAAAUUGAAAUUUGAUUUGAAUUAGGUUGAAAUAGAGAAGGGCAAAUUAUUUUAAUAAUAAGAAGAUAGUUUAAUUUAAAUUAAAGAUUUGUUAUAAAAAAUAGAAUAAGGUGAACAACAUAAUUUAAAAUUGAAAGAUUAGAUUGAAUAAUAGGAAUAGAGAUUAUAAGAUAAUAUUGCUGAAUUAUAAAUCAAGCAAGAAGAAAUUAAUGAAAUGGCUAUGAAAGAGCAGGCAAGCAAGUUUGAAUUAGACUGCUUAAAAGCAAAAUGCCUUUCUUAUGAAUUGCAGAUUGAAGACUAAGAAAAAUUGAUAUCUCAAUAAAAUAACUAAGCUUAAUAGCUAUCUGAAAUUUAGGAGUAACUUUAAGAUUUAUAAAAAAAUAACGAAGAAUUGUAACAAAAUUUGAAUGAUAAAGAAUAAAAUUAUGAUAUUUUGUAGAAUGCCUAUUAUGAUAUUGGUGAUUAGAAGAAAAAUUUGGAAGAAGAAAUUGAAGACAAAAACUAAGAGAUAUCUAUAUAAAAUAGGGAUCUAAAGAUUUAUAAGGAAUAAAUUGAUUAAAAUAAGGCUCUAAUAAAUUAAUUAUAAGAGCAGAUAGCUCAAUUCAGAAAUAGUGCAAAUAUCAAUUUUGCUGAAAAUUGUAAACUGAAUGAAUAAGUUUAAAUGAUGAAAAAAGAAUUAGAGAGCUAUUAAAUUGACUCAAAAUAGAAUUUAGAUGAAAGAAGUGAUAAAAUUAAGGAUUUAGAAUAAUAAAUUAUAGAUUUACAAAAUGAAUUAGAGAAUUAAUAAUUUCAAAUAUAAUAUAAAGAUUCUAAAAUAGAAGAAUUAAACAACAAUCUAUAAGAAACAUCUGAGAAUCUAGAUGAUAUAAAAUAAGAAUUAGAAAUAACCUCUAGACAAUUGAAAAAUGAAUAAGCACAAAAAGAAGAAGAACUUAAAUGCAAAUAAUAAUUAGAAGGUAUUAUACAAUAAUAGAAGUUGGAAGCAUAAUAAUAUAUUUUAACAACUAAUUAAUAAUAAGAAAAUUUGCUAUCUUUACAUAAUAAAAUAAUUGAAUACUGUAAUGAGAUAGAAAGUUUGAAAAAUUAAAUUUCAACAUUGUAAAUUGAAUGUGAAAAAUAGCAAAAAGAGAUGGAAGUUUUAAAUGAAAAUUUAAAUCAGGCCAAUACUUUACUUGAAGACUAAAAAUCAAAUUUAGAAAAUUCAGAAUUUCAAAUCAAUUAUUUUUAAACUCAAUCUAAAGAGAUAAAAAUUCAAUAUGAUUAAUUAUAAGAGAAAUUGCAGGACUUGGAAUAAGAAAAUGAAAUACUAAACAGAAACUAAUCCAAUAAUGCACAGAAGUAAGAAUAAAUCUAAAAUGAAAAAUAUAUUUUAUAAUAAGAGAUAUCACAAUUAAAGUAAUCGCUUGCUACUUUAUUUGAAGAAAGAUAAAAUAAUUAAGACAGAAUAUAAGAAUUAAUAUUUACAAUUGAGUUAUAAAAAUCUGAGGAUGCAAAAAAAGAUUAAAAAAUAGAGUUGAUUACAAAUUAAGAACUUGAUUUACAGCAACGUUUAAUUGAACUAUAAGAAUAAAAUACAACCUAUCAAUAAAAUAUUGAGUCAAUCUAAAACUAAUUGAAGGAUGAAUAACUUAUUACAGAGAAUUUAAAACAAUAGAAUGAAAAAGAUUAAAAACAAAUAGAUGAACUUAAAAAUAUUGAAAUAGUCUAACUAAAUCAAUAGAUAGUUAAUUUAAAGGAAAAAAUCGCAUUCCUUGAAUAAAAUGAAAUUUAAACUUCAGAAUUAAGUAGUCAUCUCGAAAAUUUAAGAUAAGAGAAAUAAAUUAAAGAGCAAAAAGAGAAAUUAUUUAGGGAGGAAAAUGAUAAACUCAAAGAGGAAAUAAAUAAUUUUAAGAACUAAAUAAAUUAAUUAGAAAGGGAUAAUAUUACAAAUGAAUAAAAUUAUCAUUAGUUACAAGAAGAAAUGAAAACAAUUGAAAUCAAAUAUGAAUAACUCAAGACAUAAGAACAAUAAUUAAUCUAAUUGAACCAAGAUAAAAGUGAAUAAAUUUCAAAUCUAAAAGUAAUAUAGACUGAUUUUGAGUAAAAGUUAGAAUAAUUAAAUAAUGAAAUAAAAGUGUAUUAAGAAGAAAAGUAGACUUAGGAGAACAAAAUAUCAUAAUUGAAUGAGUUACAAUUGCAACUUGAAAAUCAAAGAGAAUCUAUAACUUUAGAACUUGAAUAGCUUAAUGAAUAAAUUAAGGACUUAAAGAAAUAGAGUGAAAUUAAUGCUUGCUAACAAAAUGAAAAAAUAGAUUAAUUAACAAAUUAAAUAACUCUAUUGUAAUAAAAAAAUGAGGAAUAGGAGAAUUAGAUAAAAGAAUUGAGUUUGCAGAAUGAAGAAUUGCAGGAUUAAUAAUUGUAAUUUAUGGAAUAACUACAAACUGAGAAACAAGCUCACAAUACUUAAUUAUCCGAAAAUUAUCAAUUAUAAGAAAAAUUGUAGAAUGAAUUGGAAAACGCGCAAUAAUCAAAAGAUUAGGUACAAAGAUUAGAAUAAGAGUUAUAUUAACUUUAGUAAGCAUUGCUAGAUAAGGAUGAAAGUUUAGUUAGAUGGAGAGAAUAAUAAUGUUGUAGUUAAUAUAUCUAAAAUGAAUAAAUAGGUUAAUCAUAAAAUACUGAACAAAUAGAUAAAGAAAAUAAUAAUGAAUCUGAAAAAUUGAAUAAAGGAAUAAUGCAAGAAUCCUUAUCAAAUCCUUUAGAGGAUUAAGACAAUGAUUAUAAAGUUGAAAUGAAGGAACAUGUGAAUUCUAGAAUUUUUGAUUUAGAAUUUGAUGAAAAAAGUGGUACUUAGUAGUAGAACAUAUUGCCAGCAGUUAGUGAAAAUGUAAGUGAAGCAUAUGAUUUAGCAAUCAAAAGGAGUAUGGGACUGUCAAAAGAUUAAAUUAUAUAACAAUUAUAAGAUUAAAAUAGAUUAUUGUAAUAAUAAAUUGAAAACUUGAAUUAAGAAAAUAUAAUUUAUGAAUCUCCUAGCCAACACAAGGCUUUAAUAGAAGAGUUAUAAUAAUAAAUUUAAUAACUAAAAAAUUAAUAAUUACAAAGGAUUAUUCAGUCUCCUUUAUAAGUAUUAAUUGGAGAGCAUUUAGAUGAUGAAAAAGAUGAAUUAAAUUAAUAGGAGAAAUAUCAUUUAUUAUGGGAAAAGUGUACAGGCUUAGAGUUAGAAAUUUAAACAAUUUUAUUUGAAAGCAAAGAAACUCAUAAAAUAAAUGAAUAAUUGAAAAAGGAAAAUGACAGUUUAUUAUUGUAAAUAAACGUCUUAAAUAAGACUGUUAAGGUUUGGCAAGAAACAACAACAAACAUCCAUUAAUAACAUGAUUAAAAAUAAUUAAUAACAUUCAGUGUAUUACAAAAGGUUCUCAAUUAAGAAUAGCAAUGGGCAUCAUAAAUCAAUUAGAUUGGACUGAGUUCAGAAUGCGAAUCAAUCCUUAGGUAGGUUUGCUAAACAGUCUAUGGAGUUCCUGCUCUUCAAAAAUAACUUGAUGAUAUUAAAAAAUAAUCAGAUAAAGAGAAAUAGGAAAUCAAUUCAUUGAUUAAUGAGAGAUGUGUAUUAAGCCAAUAAAUAAUUGAUAUAACCAGUCAACAUGAGAAUUCAUCAAGACGUAAUAAAAUGAGCGAACCAAACAGUGCGUUAAAGAUCAAUUAAUCUAUGGAUGAAGAGGAUCCAAGUUUAAAUAUUAAAUAGCUUAUUGUCAAACUCAAAAGAGAAUUAGAAAUUUUGAAGAUUGAAAAUCAUUAAUUGACUUUGUAAAUGAAACAGCAUGAAUAAAAUGAAGAUAUUUAUAUGAAAUAAAACAAGUUGAUGAAAGAUGAGAAUAGAUCAUUAAGUGAGAAAUUAAAUUAGAUGUCAGAUGAACUAUAAAAGAUGGCAGAAAAAGUUUCUAAUUCAGAAAAUGGAGCUUUGGCUGAACACCUAAAGAAGAAUAUCUAGAAGUUCUUUGAAGCUUUGCAAUAAGAAAAAAAAUAAGAAUUCCAGUCUUAUGCAUCUCAUCUGUUAAAAUUAAGUGGAGUUUAAUUUGAAUAGCAAAUAAGUGAAACUUUAAUUAUCAAAUUAAGUUCUGUAAUUGAUAAAAAGAAAUCAAGUGGAGUAUUUGGAAUGUUCAAGUGA